ACGACAGUCUGUUUAUGGUGCUCAAACGAGAUUGUUGGGAAUUUAUAGUCAUUUUUAGCCAACGAAAGCAAACAAAAAAAAGUAAUCAAACGGUGCGCUUCUUGUUUUUUAUACUCAAACAAACCAAUUAAAAAAGAAAAUAGAAAAGAAAACAUAAAUAAAUGUGGAAAUUCUUAUAAGAAUAAAAUAGCAUCAUCAAAAUAUAUAUUUCCAUUUCGAGUGAAUAUAAGAGAAAAUUUUAUACCAAAAAAAAAAUUAAUUGCAUAGAAUAGCAAAAUAUUAUUAAUUAAAAAUAAUAACAACAAAAAAACCAACUCGCAUUACUUUGAUCUCAAAUAGAAAAAAGAAAAAUACAAAGAAGUUUUGUGGCUUUGAGUUUAUUUUUUGAAAAAGGAUUACAACCAAAGCUGUUGGAGUAACGUUUCUGCAUUUUUGGUGAGAUUAAUGCCCGUCAGUCUUGCUGUCUGUAUUUCACGGUGUGGAUAAUUAAUGAAGUUAUUUCACGGUCUUUGAAAUCGGUGUUAAUUGAAAUUUGAUUGGAAACAAAGAAUAAUCGGGUUUCUCUAAACCAAAGCAACAUUGGUGGUAAUUUUGAAAAAAAAAGAGUUUUUACUUUGCAACAUCCAUCCAUUCUGCAUUGGAAUUAAAACAAAGGAGACACAUUUUUAAAGAUCCGAAAAUAUCUUUCCCACACAUAAUAACAACAAUUUAUGGACAACUAAAUGUUGAAAUACAAUUUGAAGUGGACAUAAAUCAGCAUCAAAUCGCCCACCCACACACAUACAGCGACGCACACACUCACACACUGCGAAAGAUAGCUCCCUCCAACGGAAGACUUUAUUUUUGAACAAUAACAACGCCAACUUCAUUUUGGACUAGAAAUAACAAACGGCAGCAAGAACACCAACAACAACAACAGCUCAGCUAGUUGUUGCCAAAUUGCCCUCCCCCCAACUACAACUAGACUCCCCAAUAACAACAACAAACAACAGCAACCAUACCAAAGAUGCAGUGCAGUCUGGAACAAAUGAACGACACCGAACGUUCACCAAAUCGGACAAAUCUUCGGGUGAACUUCAAUGAAAAGGGCUCCGAAGUCAAAGAGCGUCGCGAAAAGUUCCUCACCGCCAAAUAUGGUUCACAUCAGAUGAGCUUGAUUCGCAAGCGUUUGGCCGUCGAGAUGUGGCUGUACGAUGAAUUGCAGAAAUUGUUUGAUCCGCCGACCGAAGCCAUUGAUGUGGAUAUCGAUGAGAUUUUAGACAUGGACACCGAUGAUAUAAGAAGAUCUCAUUUAAUACGAUUAUUGUCCGUCUGCAAACGCCCGCAAUCUGACAUAUCCAAAUUCAUCAGUGAUCUUCUGGAUCGGGCCAAAACGCUGUAAACGCAUUUCACCCAGCCCUUUGUCUGCAAACAAUACAAAUUCUUUUCUUUUCGCAACAACUGAUAAAAAUUAAUAUGAGAAAUAAAUAAAAAAUAGAAAGGAAGAAGAACAAAAAACAAACAUCAAAGCCGUAAAACAAAAUCAUGAACAACCCAACUAAGGCGCGACCCCUCUCCACAGAAUCAUCUCUAUAAUCUAAACUAGUUUAGCUUAUCAAACCAUUCUUAUUUUAAUUUUUUUGUUUGUUAAUUUAUUAUUUUUUGAUAAAUGUAUGUAUAUCACUUUGUUUCCAAUUUUAUUUAAAAACCGAAACAAAAAAAAAUAUUUUGAUAAUAAAAUUAACAAUUAAUUUAAGAAAAUAAUAUCGAAAAAAAAAACUGUGGCAAAUGAUGAGAACCUGGCAUACUCAAAUUUAAAACUAAAGAGCCACAAGAAAAACAUCAUUGUUUAGUUUCAACACUCUCUCUCUCUCUCAUCCACACUCACUCCCUCUCUUCUAAUUAAGACAAAACAAACAAUUCAUUGAUCACCACAUACAAAGAUAACCAAUUAUAUGAUUUUUAUUUUAAUUUUUUUUAACUUAAUUUUUAAGUUUAGUUAUAUUGCAUAAAAGAAAAUUAAAAAUAUUUUAUUUUAAUAUAAUUUUUCGUAGUUGUAGUUUUAAUAAACAAAACAAAAAUUUAGUGUGCUUUAUUUGAAUUGAUUUCUGGAUAUGUAUUUGUUUGUAACUCAAGUGAGAAAAAUAUUACAAAGAAAAACAAACAACAUAGAAUUGUAUUUGAAAUGAUCGGAAAACAUAAAAUAAAUUUUACAUUACAAAAAAAAA